CAUCAAUCGUGUUUCCACUUCGAAAUAAUCUCUCGUCUCCUCGAGCCAUCACAGCGUUCUGUGAUGGCCAUCGGCGCAAUUGGAAUGGCACCGACCAGCCCCUCCAAGCAUUAUUUCUGGGAACCAAAACCUUCASUCUCAACCGCUGUCUAUCUGCACUCUCUACGAUGACGGCUAGAAAAUACUAUCGAUGUCUCGCCGCCCUUUUUGCUCCGAUACUGCUGUCGACGCAUACGCUGGGGUUCCUGGCCGCACCGGGAACACACUCGGGGAGGAAUCCGAACGUGACAUCAGACUCUCGGGGAGUUCAUCGUUCGAGAAAUGUCAAUGCGUUUGGAUCACAAUGGAAGAACACCAACGGUGAUGAUAACCAUCCGGUGCACGUCUUGCGGAAUUCAAACUAUAGACCACAAGACAGCCUUUUCUCCGGAAUAGCGGAGGUCGGAAUGGGCUUUUCGAUCGGUGUUCUAUACAGCGAGUACUUUAUUAUCACGACCGGAUGUGGUCCCCCGAAUUUCGGUGAUACACUGGAACGAAUCUGCUACCAGGGCGUCAUCGUAUUUGCGGGCCUGGCACUUUUCAAUCGCAUCGUCACACUCUUCGCGUCCGGUCUGGACGACACGGUCGAAAAUUUGUACGGACCGCUGCAAACAUCGACGUUGUGGCAGGKGAGGGKGGUAGAAUACCUUAGCGCUCUUGCGGUGAUUGGCGCCGUGGUAGCAUUGCAGGUCCAAUACAGUAAGGGUUCCGUGAUGGACGGUCUCUCGGGAAUCGACAUCAACUGGUGCCGUGCCGUCCGGGGUGACAUUGUGUAGUUUUAAAAUGCACUCGAGCAAAGCAAUUGAUCUUUCGACACACAUUCACAAACCCCGGAAGAUCGGUUCCACGAGCCGAUCCAGAUCCCGUAGUCGAUUAAGUUUCUUCUGCUCUCUGUUGGUACCAUGGAUCAUCCCAUAAAUUUUGACCAUUCCC